AUGUGUUCAAAUAUUUUCCCUACGCAAGAAAUCUGCAAAUAUUUCAUCGAAGCAGUCGAAAAGUCAAAGUACGGUUGGUUUUGGGAAUGUCCCGCGGGUACUAAAUGUAUAUACAGACACGCUCUGCCACCUGGCUUCGUUCUAAAACGGGAUAAGAAGAAAUUGGAAGAGAAGAAAAACGAAAUAUCACUUGUCGAUUUAAUAGAAAAAGAACGAGCAGCAUUAGGACCGAAUCAAACUAAAAUUACAUUAGAAACCUUCCUUGCCUGGAAAAAGAAGAAAAUCAAAGAAAAACAGGAUGCUUUCACCAAGGCAGAGGAGCAGAAGAGGAACGAUUUCAAAGCUGGCCGGGCCGUUGGUCUAUCCGGCAGAGAAAUGUUCUCAUUCGACCCCGCAUUGGCAGCUGAUGCUGAUGAUGAUGAUGAGACCUUCGACCUCCGCAACUAUGAUGAGGAUGAAGAACGGGAUACAACUGAGUAUCGUGAUAUACAGCUGGAACUACUCAGCAUGGAGGCAUCCGAGGUGGAUGACUCAGGGACUAAAGCCACGGAAGAUAGAUUGCAACAGCUCAAUCUACAAAAUGGUGAGAAGGAGACCGAUCAAACGGCUCCAGACUCCGUCCCCAUCAACGAGAACCUGUUCCUUGAUGAAGACCUGGAUGAGGAACUACAGAACUUAGACUUGGAAGAUUGAUUUACAUGCAAAAUAAGUUAAAAUAUUGAACUAUCUCUAAAUGCAAAAUAUGUAAAGAUAAAAAUAGUUGCACAUUUUUUUAAAGAUGUGAUAUUGAAAAGAGGUUAUAUAGUUAUCAUUGUAAAGUAUUUUUUGAAAUUAAUGAAGCGUCGGGUCAUGUUUGAUAACUACCAUUCAUAAUAUUAAAAGUAAAAUUUUCAAACAUAUUAACGUAUAUUUUGUUUCAGUUUUUGAUAUAUAAGAAUGUUUGUUUAUCACCAUUUAAAUGAAAUUAAAUUAUAAAUAUUGGUGUAUAAAUAAAACAGACGUAUCAAA